AUGCGCCUUAAGAUAAAGCUCGAGGCAAAAAACAUCGACUCUGCAGCAGAAGAGAUAAUUGGUGUUUUGGAGGAUGCAAGCAAAGGAAAUAUGAUCUACUUCAAGGGCUGGGGAGGUUUUGGAGCAUCCGCCCUUCUCAAUCUGGUAGCCCAACGCCUGAAAUCAUUGGCAACACUGAACAAGUUUGCCAAGGUUAUCCAUGUGGAUUGUUCCGUGUGGAAAAACAUGAGGGCACUGCAAAAGGCAGUAGGGGAGGAGCUGGAGCUUCCACAGUCUGUGAUGGCCAUCUUUGAGCGUUGCGACCAGGAAGACGAUUUCAAUGGGAUAGAGGAAGGGUCCAGAGGGGUGAUAGCAGAAAUCAGCAGGGAAAUAUGCAGAAAGCUUCUCAGCAGUAAAUUUGUGCUGAUUUUUCACAACGGGAGCAGGAGCUACAUUGAUUUGUAUGAGUGUGGUGUCCCAGUAAUAUCACUUUUGGGUAACAAGGUGUUGUGGACCUGGCAUGUGAGGUUUCGGUAUUGUGCCUAUCUCAUACUAGAAGAUGGGGAAAAGGGAAAGAUGAAGAGUCAGUCAGAUAUUCUCUUAUCUGCUUCUCCUAAUAAUGUUGAACUUCCAGAACUUUUAGAUCUAGUGCGAGAUCUGCUGCAUGAAGACGCUUUGGAGGUUGCAAAGUGCGCGGGGAUUGUUCAGCCCGAUGAUAUGAGCCACAAGAUAGUCAUGGAGUGCCUCAUAUACAGGACACUGAUUGCUAUGGACUUGAAGACACAUGCACCAAACUAUUGGGUCUGCGAUGGUAUUAUACAGGACCAAGACAAUGCAUCAGCAUGGGAGAUUGGAAAUUCUCUUGAGAGAAACAUGAGCUCAUAUUGGAAUUUCCCCUAUAACGAGGACACAGCUUCUGUGCUACAGGUGUCGGAUGAUUUUCUUGUUAACCGCUGGAAUUUCACCACCCACGAACAACUGCUAAAGGAUUACACUCGUGUGCUGCCUCCUCAGGUGACAUCCUUCUUCCUUUCUGAAGAUGAACCACCAACAAAUACAACAUCAAUAUUGCCAGUUCGCAUGUUCCAAUAUUCACAAAGCAGCAAGCUACGUGUGCUACACUUGUCUCAUUGCAUCUUCAGUUUUGCAUCUCCUCCCUUCCUCUGUUGCAGCCAACUAAGAUUGCUCCAUCUGGACCAUUGCAAAAAUAUCACACACGAUCAUGAGCAUCCAAGCCACAGUGAAAACAUGCCAUGUUUCCAGAAGCUAUGGGUGCUGGAUCUGAGGUAUACAAACUGGUAUUGGCUGCUAUCUGAAAAGAUGAAGAGAGUGAUGGUUGAACUCAGGGAGCUGAAUGUGGAGGGAGUCAAGCAUGGGAGCAUAAGCGAUUUGUGUGGCGGUAGACCAAGCCUUGUCAUACUUCGAGUAACAGCAGAUCCGGUCCCUACAGAGAAGAAAGACACAACUAUUCAAGCACAAUUUCCCAAUGUGUUCACUUCAAACAGCCUCACCACAUCUAGCUUCAUCAACGACGUGCUGCCUCCGUGUCUCAAGUCAUUUACCUUCAUCAACAAAGCUGCAACUGUUGCCAAGAUAUUUAGCAUCUCCUUCCGGGGUAGUUCUCUAUUGAAGAAUAUACUUCUCAGAGGUAAUUUGGGGAGCCUGGAGGAGCUGGACCUCUCGGGCACGGCAGUGAAAACCCUCGAUCUUAGAGAAGUGGAAGCUCCAAUCCUCAAGCGUAUCAUCCUAAUGAGCUGCGGAAAGCUCCGUGCAAUAUUAUGGCCACCGAAAGAUAAAGGGACAUGGGUUUUGCAGAAGUUGCACAUCAGCACCGUCCAAUCUGCAUCACCUAACCAAAACAAUUGGGAAGAGAAGACCCAGGAGGCUACUACUGCUGCAGGAUCGCCAUCUAUCCUUACUUUUGGGGCUCAACCACAAGGCAUCGGUCAAGCUGCAUCUUUUCAGUUUAAUUUUUACAUAUGUGUUGUGGAUCCAAGGCUCAUGCGUUCGCUUGUGCCCUUUGAGCGACAUAUUGUGAAACACUCUGUAUACAUGGAGAUUGAUUCAUCUCCUACAGCUACAUGUGGAGCUGCUGCCGGUGGCCGUGAUGUUUCUCAAGGCAUGGGGAGCCAGCAACAGGUUGCUCAAUACUUAUAUGCAAGAGAUGUCUUUCAGGAGCACCCGCAACUUGUCGGUGCAAUCGAAGGUGUGAUCAGCUGGAUGUGGGCUUGCCCACCUAUUCCCAUUCCAAGUCCACAAGAUUGGUACUUUCACAUGCAAGAUGAAGAGAAGAUGGAGAGAGCUCGUCCACCACUUGCAUUCCAUGCCCACCAGAUUCAGACUGGAACUGCCUUGAAUGGUGCCGUGUUGAGAGACUGCUGCCCCAGGCUCAGACAUGUGCUUCCCUUGCCUGCGAGUAUGAACCACUACAUCUCCCCUUUGCCUAGCCUGGAGACCCUGGAGAUCGUGUGUUGCAGUGAUCUGAAGGAAAUCUUCCCUUUGGAACCCAAGCGCCAAGAGAAUCAGCAAAUUGUAUACUUUGCUAACCUAAGAAGGAUCCACCUAUACGAGCUGCCCAUGUUGCAUCACAUCUGUGGGAGCCGGAUGUUUGCACCCAAACUGGAGACCGUCAAGAUCAGGGGCUGCUGGAGCCUCAGGAUCCUACCAGCUGUCAGCGGCGACACCUCCAAGAGGCCCAAGGUGGACUGCGAGAAGGAGUGGUGGGACAAUUUGGAGUGGCUGAACUGGCUGGGCUGCUAUUCGGACGAACGGAAGGGCUGCUAUUCGGACCAAUCUUGGGCGGAGAUAAAGCACGAUCCUUCGCUCUACGAGCUGAGCCACUCGCGGUACUACAAGAAGGCCGACCUGCCAAGAGGCACAGUGCUCAGGUGAGCAAUUCUUUCCAUGGGUCGAUCGCUACAGGCUAUUGGUUCUACGUGCUCGGCUGAAGCUUUCUCUCAAGUGCAUGUUUGUGUGUGUGUGUGUGUUGCUGCCUGCUUACUUGAUGCUGCUUGAUUGGCCCGUGUGAAAUCAGAAUCUGCCUCGCCUUGGUGUGGCGGUGCAUCUUCCUGUUCAGUUUGAUUUGAUUUGAUUUGGUUUGGUUUGGUUAGGUUUGCAAAUCAUUGCUAGAGGAAGUAUGCAUCACCUAGUUGGUAGAUGAUGCAUGGUACGUAGUGCUAGCUCUGAGCAAUGGAGAAAUAAAAAAGAGAGGGCAUUCAGCCUGUGUUGCAUGAGCGACCUGCCUGCUCAUGCUGCCGAUUUGCCCUUGGUCUUCAAUUGUGUGUUGUGGUGUGUGAUUUGUCAGCUACAGACUGAUUAUUGUAAUGCUAAGCAAUUCCUUCGAUUGAUCUACAAAUGGUGAUUUGUGCG